AUGUACCGAUUCAUCGCGUGUUUGCUUCUACCGUUGCUCAUCGGCGCCCAACUGAUGCCGUAUAAUGACUAUCGAUGCGGAUCCGGCGAGUUCUCGCACGCGCUUUCCUACACUUCGACAUGGCUCUGCGAUCAGAUAGCAAUGAAUCAGUGCUGUAUGAUGCAUGACGCGUGCUACGCCGGCUGCGCGUUCACCCAAAUCGAAUGCGACGAUCAAUUCUGCAUGUGCCUCAGCUCCAUCGUCACCAAUCCACUGUGUCAGGCGAUCAUUCUACCGGCGCACUGCAACAUGGUCCGAUUGUUUGGCGCGCUGUUCGUCUGCCCGAUGAUGGGCUAG